AUGGCAAAGGCAACUAUGUUACAUAAUAUGAAAGACAACAUUAGUCCACUUUUUGAAGAGCAUGAAACUGCAAAACAAUUAAUGGAAGCACUAGAAAGUAAAUAUGGAGUUCGAUCGAACACUCAAAUUCAAUUGCUCUUGGAUAAAUAUAAUAAAAUUCGUAUGAGUGGUAAUGAUAGUGUUGGUAAUCAUGUUAAUCAAAUGGAAUUAAUUGCUAAAAAGUUAUCCAACGCUAAUCACCCUUUGUCGGACAAGAUGCAAAUUGAUUCUGCUGUAACUAGGCAUAUUGUGCAAAAUAAAGACAUGUUCGUGGAGUUUACUGAAAAGAAGGUUGGUGAACAUAGAAUCUACAUGGGCAACAACUCCUAUAGUGAUGUUUUGGGCAUCGACAACUGUCAAUUCUCUAUUAAUGGAACUUCCAUUGUGCUUUAUGAUGUGCUUUAUGAUUCUUCUCUUCCUUCUUUGUCACUUGCUCCACAUAUUCUCCCAGAACCAUCUAAUAGUGGGAGGAAAUGCAAAUUACGUGAUGUUGUUUUACCUGCUUCGAAUCCUGCGAUAAGUGGGAGUAAGAGAACAAGACUUCCCUCUACAUUUUUGAAAGAUUAUUAUGUUUUUCAAGUUGAAGAACUUAAUAACUUAGUAGAUGAUCCUACUAGAUAUAAUGAAGGAAUGAGUUGCAGUGAUGCUACACAAUGGCUUGAGGCAAUGAAUGAAGAACUUGACACGAUUAAGAAAAAUGAUGUUUGGGAAUUAACCGAUCUCCCGAAUAGAAGAAAAGCCAUUGAUUGCAAAUGGGUUCUUAGAAAGAAAUUCAAAGUAGAUGGAAUUUUGGAGAAAUACAAGGCUAGGUUAGUUGCCAAGGGAUUCACUCAAUAG